GUUGCUUUCAGAAGAAAACAUAUAUUGAUAUUAUUCAUAUACGUAUAAGCUAGCUUGUGAAAAGGAAGUUCAAAAUCGCCACGAAAGCUAUUAAUUAUAUCCUUAAAAGCUUUUUAUAAAGCUAGUUUCUUUCUGGGGUUGCUGAUAAUUAUCGUAAUACGGUAAUUAAUACGAUGAUGUUGGGAAAAGUUGAACGGACGACGUCGUUCAUGGCUGAUUUUGUGGAGAAGUGCGGUGGAUACGCCGUCGUAGAUGGCGGUUUUGCCACUGAACUGGAACGACAUGGCGCUGAUCUAAACGACCCUUUGUGGAGCGCCAAAUGCCUUGUCAGUUCGCCUCAUCUUAUUAGAAGGGUGCACUUGGACUACCUUGAUGCUGGUGCAAAUAUCAUUAUCAGUGGAUCUUAUCAAGCCACCAUACAGGGGUUUGAGGCCAAGGGUUUCUCAAGAGAAGAAGCUGAAGCUUUACUCAAGAAAAGUGUCGAACUCGCCUACGAGGCUCGCGAAAUAUAUUACGACAGAUGCGCCAAAGAUUCUUGGGAUUUUGUUGAAAGUGGAAGGUCUACAAGACGUCCAAUACUAGUUGCAGCCUCUGUGGGCAGCUAUGGUGCUUAUUUGGCCGAUGGUUCCGAGUACAGUGGAAACUACGGUGAUGCAGUUACUUUAGAAAAACUGAAAGAUUUUCACAGGAGGAGAGUUCAGAUUUUAGCGAAUUCCGGUGCAGAUCUCAUUGCAUUUGAAACAACUCCGAACAAAUUGGAAGCUAAGGCAUAUGCAGAACUUCUAGAGGAAGAAGGAAUUGACAUUCCGGCUUGGUUUUCUUUCACAUCGAAAGAUGGAAUCAACGUGGUAAGCGGCGACUCCAUCUUGGAGUGCGCAUCCAUUGCGGAUUCUUGCAAGCAAGUUGUAGCUGUUGGAAUCAACUGCACUCCACCAAGAUUUAUCCAUAGCCUGGUUUCAUCUAUCAGGAAGGUAUCCAGUAAACCAGUAGUGAUAUAUCCCAACAGCGGUGAAACUUAUGAUGCUGUGAGCAAGCAAUGGAUAAGGUCAAAUGGGGUCGUAGAUGAAGACUUUGUGUCGUACGUAGAAAAGUGGCAAGAGGCCGGGGCUUCCUUAUUUGGUGGAUGCUGUAGGACUACGCCAAACACAAUAAGGGCCAUAUCUAAGGCUCUCUCAGAAAAGUUCUCUGUAAACAAUAAUUAGUAGUUUUCUAAGUAUUUGUUUUUCCUUUUUUUUUUUUUUUUUUUUUUUUUUUUUUUUUUUUUUUUUAAAACCUGUUGUAUGUAAUGAACCCCCCAAGAAAUUAAGAAUUGUACCUUAAGUAAUAAUAAGGUCAGAGUUAUCUUCUUGCAUGCUAAAA